AUGAAUGCUCGCAUCUUUGCAUCAGUAACCAGUGAGAGUUUCAGCACCUUACAUUACAACGAUAACUCAAUGGGACACGCAUCUUCGUUUGCAAAUUCUUUUUUGGCAUCGUGUGUGAAACGUGUUUUCAUAGAUGACAGAUUCCAACUUCCCGUAGAGAAAGAUAUUUUUAUUUGGGAACUGGUUUGUACUGAAAAAUGCACAACGGCCUUGAUGCCACCUUUUGUCUUCAAAGGAAUUUUAAGGAAGCCAGAGCUACUUGAAAAACGAAAUUAUCUUUUGGAUCUUCUGUGUGCCGCUGGACAACCCGUGAGCAAAGACUGGUCGGAGAUACUGGGGAAAAUAACGCGGUCGGCUUGUUUUGCAUAUGGCUUAUCUGAAAUAGGCCACGGUUGCUCACAACUGUGUGUGACGUCAUCGGACGUGCUUCCCUAUGUUGCUGGUUAUCCGUCAGCAGAAGGGAUAGAGGUGAAGGUCGUAGAUGAGAAUCAACAAGAAACAUCACCAAGUACGCAUGGCGAACUAUUGGUGCGUGCUCCUUGGAUGUUUGAUGGCUAUUUGGGAAAUGAAGAGAAAAGCAAAUCAAAAUUAUCUCAGGAUGGAUGGUUUAAAAGUGACGACCUGGCCUACAAGGACAAAGACGGGUGUCUCUUUGUCAUGUGUCGAAGAUCUGACGCCAUUGCCAGGGGGGUGUACACGGUGUAUCCGUCAUACUUUGAAACGCCCAUACGGUCAUUGUAA